AUGUCUGCCGCCCAAGCCCUCCGCGAAAAGCAAGCCCCCAUCAAAGAAGGCUACCGCGCCGACCCUUCGUCAGCCGUCGUAACCCUAAAGUCCACGGGCUCUCUGGAUAGCCACUCAAUCACAUGCAAACUCUCUGACAGCCCCGCCAUCAAAGAAGCCCACCGCGUCGCCGGUCUCCACCAAAAAGCCGGCGGCGAAGACCCGUCCAUCUCCGGUGAACUCUGCUCGGGCGACAUGCUGCUCGACGCCCUUGUCGCUUGCUCCGGUGUCACGCUCAAAGCCGUUGCUACUGCACUCGGUAUCCCCAUUGUAUCUGGCACUGUGACUGCAGAGGGCGAUUUGGAUUUUCGCGGUACCCUGGGGGUGGACAAGACGGCGCCGGUGGGGCUGACGGGGAUUCGAUUGGAUUUUGCGGUGCAGUUUGGGGAGAGGGAGGAUGGAAGGGAGGUGAGUGAGGAGGAAGUGGAGAGGCUGGGGAAGCUGACGGAGAGGUAUUGUGUUGUGUUGCAGACGUUGGUACAUAAGCCGAGUAUUGGGGUUAGGCUUGUGGGCAAGGGGGGUGGGAAAGAGGAGGAGGGGGUGAAGAGGGAGGUCUCACAUCAGAGUACUUUGUAG